AUGGAUUUAAAUGUUUAUCCGGAACUAAAAGAAGUAAAAAUAUAUAAAUAUCAUGGAAAUUAUGAAGAAGCAAUACAAAUAUUAAUUAAAUUAAUAGAUGAAACAGAUGAAGACGAUAUAGCCCACUAUUACUUAUUAUUAGAGUAUUCAGGAUGUCUAAUUGAUAAUAUUUAUAUGAGAAUUAGUGAUGGUGUUUUUGAAGAAGAAAAUGAAGAUUUGGAAAUAGCUUGGAACUAUCUAGAAGAAUGUAAGAUUAAAUUUAAUGAAAUAUUUCUUGAUAACCAAGCUUUAUUAAAGAUUUACAAAUAUCAAGGAGAUAUCGAAUGUUUAGAUAAUAAAUUCAAUGAUGGAAUGGAAGCAUAUAAGAAAGCUAUAGCUAUUUGUGAAGAUAAUGAAACAUUAGUAGAAUUGUAUAACUCAUUAGGAGAAGCAUGUAUUCAAAAUAAUGAAUUAAAUGAAUCAAUUGACUUUUAUAGGAGAGCAUACAAAUUAACAAAUGAUAAUGAAAAGAAGAAUCAAAUUAAGGAAAUUAUAACUAGAAUGAAAAUAAAGAAACAAAAAUUUUAA